UCUCGACCAGAACUCACCUGCCCACCAAGAUGUCUUUGGACGCCGACGCGACCAAGAAAUACUUGGCGGCUUGUUUUAUAUGUGCAGGCAAGGAGUUGGCGCAAAAAUCACUGGAAAAGUACUCGACUUUCGAAUCGCCUCAAAUUCAAACCAGAACCAGUCACCUUCGCUCUACAACCACCUCGAUACGAAAACCCACAAAUAUGGGAUGUCCAAUCACUCAACUCCCUUCUGAAAUCUUGAACGAAAUCCUUGACAUAGCUGUUGCGGAUGGCAGUUGGAAGCAUGGAGUCUACACAAUUUCGAGUAUCUGCAGGGCCUUCCAUGAGUAUUCUCAGUUGUUUCGUUUCAGAGAAAUCUCUCUCCUUCGAUACUACGGCCACAGCCUUGCUCCCGCCUGCGAACGAGUCAAAAAGCUUUACGCUCUCGUCCACGCGGACGCAGCUCUGGCAGGACAUUGCAAGAGAUUUAGCUUUGGCCUGCCUUCGAUACGUGCACCAAGCGAUCAGUACUAUUUCAACUCUAUACCGUCGGAUUAUGUUUUGGGGGAUAAACUUAUGAAGUUGCUCCCGAAUAUUGCAAAGCUCGAGAUACAAGGCGGAUUCUCGCAUAAACUCACCUGGCCAUUCCUGAAACAGGCUCUCUGUUCUAUGAAAUACCUCGACAGCGUCAAAUUCGAAUGCUCCGAAGACAACGACUCGGAGCCUGAUUUGUUUCUCCCCGAAGCUUGGGAUUGUGUUCAGGGGUUGCUUAAGUUGGAACGCUUAGAGCUUCGUAAUAUUCGGUUGCCAAAGAACGGAAGCAUUUGGAAGCUCUCAGAGAACGCCAUUAGUACCUCUCCCAUCAGAAAUAUCCUCCUUACAGAUUUCGGCGAAACACCAGAUCCUCUAGGACGGCUCUUAAAUCAACCAAAGGCUCUGGAGCAUUUCAGUUUGCAUAUAACUAUCGAGAACCGUGAUUCUGGAGUCUGGUCAUUGGAAACGAUUCGAGGUUUACUCUACAAUCGCCGUGCUUCUCUGAAAAGUAUUACACUUGGUGCUUUGUCCAAACGAGACAGCUUUAGUAUAUCCAGUCUUUUGUGUCUCCAAGACUUCUCGCAACUAAAAAGCCUUGCUCUCUCGCGCUGGGACAUGGGUGCUGAUGUCACUCCCGAAGUCGCAUGUAACACUCUCCUUGGUCCAAGCCUCGAGUCUUUUCAAUGGGACUUUACCAAUCCCGAACGAGAGUGCUGGGGCUCCUUCGGGACUGAACAGAAAGACUGGCUUCUAAGAUUUGCAAAGCUUGCAAUCGACCUGAAAUCCAAGCUCAAGAAGAUAAGAAUCGUCUUCAAUCCUCCCUCAGACGAUGAGGAACACGGCCGCGCAAUCUGGGAGCAAAUGUUCCGCUUUUGGCCCUGGGAUUUGAUGGAUGAGGUGAGAGAUGCUGUGAGCCCGGACAUCGAAGUCACUUAUAAUGGCCAUGUUACCGAGCAAGAAUGUGAAUGGCUUAUCGAUCCUUACCAGCGAGAACUUUUUGGGAUCAACGAUACAUCUAGCGAGGACGAUGAGGAAGAUGAAAAUGAGGAAGAGGAUGCUUGAGAUAGUGUAGAAUUUGCGUCAUAACUCUUAGAAGAUCUCUUUCGAUUUAUCAUUUCUCAGCGUAAACACUGAUCACCUCUUGAAUAAACAACCUCCUGGCAGUUAAAC